CAAUAAUGAUCUAGACGAAAUCACAAAGUCUUCUACAUUGCUUGAUGGUCUCCUGUUAAAUCCUAGUACAUUAAUUCCGAUAUUAUCAAGCGAAUAUGAUUUGUUUCCGAAAGAUAUUGCGUUGCUGUUGAAUGGUGGCAAUGGGUCAAGAGGAGUAAAAACUCAAAGUAAAAACAACAAAACGGAUAUCUUAAAUCAAUUACAAUCACUCAAAGAACAGAGAAUAAAAGAAGCUCAACACCUUGAGCAUGAACUGAGUAAUCUCAAAAAUAAUGUUAGUGACGAACAGAAUAUAAAUUUCUUGGCUGUAAUGUUCAUAAUGAUUUGUGAUUCUUGCUCCAAUAAAUUACAGGAUCAAAAUAUGUAUGAGUUUGAGGAAGAAAAAGAUGAAAACAAAGAAUCACUCGUUCGGCUUACAACGGUUGCCGGUGAUCUCAAGCAACAGUUAACGAGAUUCGAUGAAAUUUACGAUAAAGAAAUUGCACCCUGGGUAAAAAAUAACAAGGACACGCGGGAUAAAAGCAAUACAAUUGGUCCGAGUACAAAAAGGGCCAAUAUCGAAAUCAAGAGAUUACGGAAUUAUCUUGAGGACUUGCAGACCAUUCAUACAUCAUACGAGAAUAUUGUCUCAAAUAUUCCUGAUAUUAUCGCGACGAGACCUCUAUCGCCUCCAAACAACAAUAAUACGAGGGAAAUACAAGGAUCGAUAAAAAUUAACCCGAUAAAUAUUGUGAAUGCUAAAGGAGAGACUGGACUGGAAGCUAUCACUAAAUUAGAAACUAUUGAAAAAAUACUGCGUGAUGGAAUUUUAAGACGAGAAAGGAGAGCGGGUUAA